UUAACAUUAUAUACGACAGAGAAGUAGAUUCUAUUAUAAAAGAAAGAAAAGCAACAUGUUCGGUAGCACGUAGUGUGAUACAAGAAAUGUUUAGUGAUUGGUUAGUUCCGUUUAGACAGUCUGAUCUUUGGUUUAUUGAAGGAUUUUCAACAGUAUACGGAGUUUAUAUUAGCGAUCAGUAUUACAAUACAUCUUUACUAAAGUCGAUUGUGGUCCAAACACGACGGAUAUUUCUUGAUUAUAUAGAAGCAAUUACAAAUGAAUCUCCAUUUCGAGAAAAUUCACUCAUAUCACGCAAUUCAACUCUUACUAAACUGUGGCGAGAAAAAGCAUUCAGUACUUUAUAUAUGCUGAAUACCGUCUUUCAACAAGAUUUUCUAUAUACUUCUGUAUUUCAAGAAGCCGUACACUUAUAUUAUAACACGAAUAAUACAUCAAACAACACGUACAUCAACUUGUCACUUCUUGAUAAGUUAUGGAAUAGAAAUUUUGAGACGUAUUCUUUAUAUAAAAAUGUUUCAUACAUAAAAUCGUCAGAUAUCAAAAAUAUGAUAACUUCAUGGACAGCACAAAGUGGCUAUCCUGUGGUACAAGUAGACCGACACGAUAAUAUACAGUCAGCAAUGAUUAUAGACUGUUUUGACGUUAAUUCCACUGUCAAAAUGCUGUGCAAACAAAANUGGUGGAUACCUGUGACCCUUAAAAAAUUAUUACACACACAAGUUCUUGCCANCCAUUAUCUAAUCUUAAAACCAGACAGUAAACUGUUUUUAUCGCUANUUCAUGAAAAUCAGACUACCAUUGUCGUGGACCACUUAGGAUAUCGCGUAAACUAUGAUCGUCAGUCUUGGAAGGACAUUUCUCUUUUUCUUAAAACCGGAGGGUCUAAGAUCGCAGAAUUGUCUGACGUCACUUUAGCACAACUUCUCGACGAUGCUUUUUAUUUUUUGGUGCAAAAUACAAUAUAUAACGAAAAUUAUGGUCCAGAUAAAAUUGAUCUGGACGUAUAUCUUGAACUUGCAAGCAGUAUAUUUCAUGUAAACAAUUCCUAUACAGCGUGGUAUCCUGUACUUAUUGCACUUGAAAACAUGUCGAAGAUUGUUCCGUUCCCAGAAAGUGUUCUUUCAAGAAAUAUCAAGAAUAAACUCCUGGAAAUAUUGAAUAAGUUUCUUGGUGACAUAUCAUGUAAACAUUCUUCGGAAAAUAGUGCCAAUAAUCAAUUCUAUCAUGAAGUUUUAAAAUGGACAUGCAUCCUUGGUAGUGUAAAGUGCAAAGAACAUGUUAAUGGAAUAAUAAACUGGCAUUUUAAACAUCCUACACAAAACAAACUGUUGCCAAGUUGGCAGAAGUGGAUAUAUUGCCAAAGACUAAUGUUAGACACUGUUUCUUAUGAAACAUCUGCUGUGUGGCAAGAUAUAGUCAAGAUAUACCAGACACAAGGGAAACUAGAACAACUUUUCGAAUUCUUACCUUGCUUUAAACAGUAUAAGAAUCUGUUGGCUUUUCUCUCGGUUCUUCAUCGUAAUUCUUUACUAAUACGUACAAGUAGUUUAAAUGCAGACAAUGGUGAAUUUUACAAAGAAAUUGUACAUGAAAAGAAAAGUGUUACUGUUACUUUACUUUUUAAUAUUUUUGCUAUGCAUUCGAAAAAUAUGUCAGCGCUUGAUGUUAUACGAAUCGGACUAGAAAAUGGAAUAGGAAGAGACGUGAACAUAUUAGCAAUAAUAAAUUGUAUUAUUAAUAACAUAUAUUCAGACGACGGCCUGUCAAUGAUUGGUAACAAAAUAUUCUUAAAGAAAUUGCUGCAUAUGCAUCACAUGGUAAAUGAAUCAUUUGUUCUCGAUGCCAUUAACAAAAAAGUUGAAAUUCGACGUGAGUUUUUGGUUAACAUGGAAACUACGCUUUAUUGUGAGCCACAUUAUAGUUUUAAUUACAUACGCUACUACGUAGUGUCGAUUGCUGGCUGUGAAUAAGUUUUCUUUUUAUAAUAGACCAUUGUAUGUAUAUCUUUGUUUUUCUUACAGUUUAUAGUUUGUAACCGAAAUCUUUUAGAUGAAAAUUUCUACUGAUUUGUCGUGUCCAAAUCUUGUGUUUUUUAAGUAAGACUUAUUUUAUGAUAA